GUCGUAAAAGCGACAUCUAUACGUCUUUUAUCAAAUGAUUGUUAUAGGACAUUUCGACUAUCGCAGGGACGACAGAUAUAUUGACCGUAUUGAGUUUAAUACCUAAGGACACCAAUCAGUAUCUUCCACAAUAACAAUGGAUACUCUGGCGAUGAUCGAAUACUUAACAAUUGGUAUAACACUUCUAAUGUUCGGAAGUGGACUGUAAGAUUAUACAAUUUAUUUAUAUAAGCUGUUUAAAUUUUAAAGAAGUUUUUUAUCUUACAUAAAACAAAUAGAUACUUUUAUAGAAAGAAGUCGAACUAAGCAGUUAUUAAUAAAUCUUAUUAUUUAUUGUUUUUUUUUCAUCUUUUCAUAUUUCCUAAGACCAGUGUGUUAUAAUAUGAUAAAAUCAAAAAGUACUAAAAAUGUUCCCUAUCCAUUCUUUCUUCUUGGCCUUGUUGGGUGCGAAGGCAUGUGGCAUUAUGGAACAAUAAUUAACAAUGGAACACUUAUUCUGUUAAAUUCUUUUGGAACAAUUUUACAAAUUGUUUAUAUAUUGGCCUAUAUAUCUGUCUGUAAAUCUAAGACACAACCUUUACUAUAUCUUUCAAUUAUUCUCUCUUACCUAUUGGGAAUAUAUGGAUAUAUCUAUACGGUCUACGACAACGACAAUCAGAGAGGUGCAGUACUUGGAGCAUCUUCAAGUAUUGUAACAACAAUAAUGAUGGUGUUACCCGUUUUUGAGAUCGUUGAUAACUUUAAAAAUAAAAAUGCAAAUGGUAUGCCUCCAGUUAUGCUUAUUUUUGGAAAUAUUUGCGCAAUAUCAUGGCUUUGGUAUGGGAUUUUGUUAGGAGAUAUUAAUAUAUACGGUCCAAAUAUUCCUGGUAUCCUCUUGAAUACAAUAAAGUUAUACGCUAUUUUUUUAUACGGAGGCAAGAAAGAAAAGGACUUGUAAAGUGAAUAAUAGCUGACAAUUAACAUAGAGAAACGACUGAUAUCUAUAAAAUUUGAUUAUAUAUGACUAGGUUAUAAUAUUUUAUUCAAGCUGUUUAAUGGUAUAAUCUGCUAAAAGAAAAUAUAGAUCAUAUCCCAACCUUUCAAAAUCAUAAUCUAAUAAAAUGAUAAAAGAAAUCUGCUUGAAUGAUUCUCUUUCUCUCUCUCUCUCUCUCUCUCUCUCUCU